AUGAGAACAACAUUAUUGAGAAAGAAGGGUAUUAACAUUUAUUGGAAAUAUUACAGCAGUCUCUGCUCUCCUAAGGUGAAAGUAAACGAGACACUUUCCUCAACAACAUUACCCUCGUUUAGCAGCUCUAACAAAUACCCUGAUGAAUCCACUCAGUCCAACUACCCUCCUCCUCCUGAGCCUAUACCGAAUAGGCCCUUAAGAGCUGAUUCCAGAAGAAGACCUGGUCAGAAUAAUGAAAAUCAAAUCAAGUCCCUGGAUAACCAAGAUUUUCUGAAAAGGUUUCAGCUUGGAUUUGAUCAUAAAGAUGAAAAUCCAAACACCAAUCCUGCACGGAGUGACACUCCUGCUUCCGAGUCACCUCCAGCUCCACCAGAAGAUUCAGAUGAAAUAUUCAAGAAAAUGAAAGAAACUGGCCUAAUACCCAAUGCUGUAGCUAUGCUUGAUGGGCUUUGCAAGGACGGCUUGGUCCAGGAAGCCAUGAAGCUAUUUGGUCGGAUGCGUGAAAAGGGUGCCAUACCUGAAGUUGUUAUCUACACUGCUGUGGUAGAAGGCUUUUGUAAAGCCCACAAAUAUGAUGAUGCUGUGAGGAUCUUCCGGAAAAUGCAAGGCAAUGGCAUUAUUCCUAAUGCUUUUAGUUACAGUAGCUUAAUCCGGGGGCUCUGUCAGGGCAAGAGAUUAGAGGAUGCCCUCGAGUUUUGCUUGGAGAUGUUAGAGGCUGGACAGUCCCCCAACAUGACGACCUUUGUAGGUUUGGUCGAUGGGUAUUGCAAAGAGAAGAGUCUGGAAGACGCCCAAAGCAUGAUUAAAGCGGUGAGGCACAAGGGUUUUAUCCUUGAUGAGAAAGCUGUUAGGGAAUAUUUGGACAAGAAAGGGCCAUUCUUGCCUCUGGUUUGGGAGGCAAUACUGGGGAAGAAAGCUUCACAGAGGCAAUCUCUAUUUUAAGGUGCGUUUUUUCCAAAUGGAAAUU